UUGAAAACAUUGUCAGGAAAAGGACAUCCAUGGCAGACACACGAAGCCCGAGCUUCUUGGUUGCUGGUGGCGCCAUAAGCAAGGGCAGCGGCGGGGCCGUGGAGGAGAGGGAUGAUCGGCAUGCGAUCUUCCAGAAGAAAUCAGGCAAGGCGGCGGCUCCGUGGGAUUGGGACCCGGCCGCCGCUUUAGCAAGCGCUCGCCAUGAGUUCGGAGAGCACGGCGGGGUGAACAUGUCCAUCGAGGCCUCCGCGACGUUCACUGUCAUGGAGCCCGAGACCAUGCGCCGCAUGUUCACCGGCGAGCUCGGUCCCGAUCGUGACUUCUUCAUCUACAGCCGCCACUUUAAUCCUACCGUCUUGAAGCUGGGCCGACAGAUGGCCGCCCUUGAGGGCACCGAGGCUGCCUAUUGCACUGCCAGUGGUAUGGCGGCGGUGUCGUCGGUGCUGUUGCAGCUUUGCGGCAGCGGCGGCCACAUAGUGGCUUCCAACGUCUUGUACGGCGGAAGCCACGCCCUGUUGACCCACUUUCUUCCCAGGGCAUGCAACAUCACGACGACCAUGGUGGACAUCAGCGAUCUAUCGGCCGUGGAGAAUGCCAUGGUGGAGGGCAAGACCAAAGUGUUGUUCUUUGAGGCCAUAUCGAAUCCGACGCUGACGGUGGCGAACAUACCGGAGCUUAGCAGGAAGGCUCACGACAAGGGAGUGAGAGUGGUGGUGGACAACACAUUCACUCCCAUGGUGCUUUCACCAGCUCGCCUUGGAGCCGACGUGGUGAUCCACAGUAUCACCAAGUUCAUCAGCGGUGGGGCCGACAUAAUCGCAGGAGCAGUGUGUGGACCGGCAUGGCUGGUGAAUUCGAUGAUGGAUCUUCACCAAGGGGCUCUGAUGCUGCUGGGUCCAACCAUGAACGCCAAGGUGGCUUUCGAGCUGUCUGAGAGAAUCCCACACCUUGGCCUCCGAAUGAAGGAGCACUGCGCCCGAGCACUCGCUUUCGCUACCAGACUCAAGAAGCUCGGCUUGAGGGUCAUCUACCCAGGCCUCCAAGAUCAUCCGCAGCAUCAUCUUCUCAAGUCCAUGGCUAACACGGGCUAUGGCUAUGGCGGACUUCUCUGCGUCGACAUGGAAACAGAGGAGAGGGCCAACCGCUUCAUGAACAUCCUCCAGAACCACGCGCAGUUCGGCUUCAUGGCCGUUAGCUUGGGCUACUACGAGACCCUCAUGUCCUGCUCUGGAAGCAGCACCAGCAGUGAGCUGAGUUCGGAGGAACAGUGCCUCGCCGGAAUCUCGCCGGGUCUGGUGAGGUUGUCGGUCGGAUACGUUGGGACGUUGGAGCAGCGAUGGUCUCAGCUCGAGAAGGCUCUCUCUCUGCUUCACGAACGUGGCCUUCUGAUCAAGAAUUAAGCUUCCUGCUUCUUCUUCUUCCAUAUCGCUGUGGUGUAUAAAAUAAAGGGGUAUGAUGAUAACACCUCAUAGCAUAAGGGCUCAGUAUCGGUGCUUAGCGUCUGUUGAGCACCAUACAACCCAUCAAUGGAACGCACCGUUUUGCUCUUCAUUUCCCAGUUAUACUA